GUUUCCUAAAUCCCAAUUUCCCAUUUACUUCUUUCAGUCUUCUCUCAUCUCUACCCUCUCCCCUCUUCGGCUCUUUCUCUUCCCUUCCAAGUUCGCUGUUCGCAAGUCGCAACUUCGCCGGCAGCAGGCACUCCCUGACACCCAGUCCUAGUUCCCUUCAGCUUCACCUUCCAUUUUCAGUUCCCUUCCCACUUCGCAGUUCGCACACAGUCGGCGACGGCGAGUUCGAUCCUGUUCCAGAUCGGCAGAUCUAGUCUUCCCCUUCGGACGUCGGCUUCCACCUUCCCAACUUCGCAGCUGGCACUCUCGCAGACUCGCAGUACUCCUUCGGACCUUCCGUCCUUCAGUGGACCUACGUAGGGACUCAUGUAAUCAAUACUGAUCAAGACAAAACGCUAGCCUUGGGCGAGCCCUUCGGACCCCCCAAGCAGCACCAAACCGGGGGAAGACUGCCCGACCCUUAUCCAUUCAUUAUGAUGGGAGAUUCUUGUGAGGGAAAUGCCAGAGAGCAGCACAGUUAUUGGUCUUUCCUGGGAACCAAAACUUCCUCUUGGCUCAUCAUCUUCUGGAAAGGACGUAUCUGAUAAAUCUCAAACCGAGCUUGAAACUAAAAUUUGUAGUGCUGUGUGGAAGCCUAAUGCGGAGCUUGUUGAUGGGCUGUAUGUCCCACCUAACAACCCCAAGAAGUUGAACAAAUUGCUCAGAAAGCAAAUCAAAGAUACAGCUGGGAGGAAUUGGUUUGACAUGCCUGCCCCAACCAUUACGCCUGAGUUGAAAAAAAACCUCCAGUUACUGAAGUUGAGGGAUGCCCUUGAUCCAAAGAGGCACUACAAGAAGGGUGAUUCAAAAUCUAAGACGCUGCCCAAGUAUUUCCAGGUGGGAACAGUGAUACAGUCGGCAUCGGACUUCUUCUCAGGUAGACUUACAAAGAAGGAGAAGAAGCCUACCCUUGCUGAUGAGCUGCUUUCUGAUCGUUCCCUUGGAGAUUACAGGAAGCGCAAGGUUAGAGAGAUUGAAGAGCUAAACAGACCUGCCGGGGUUAACAAAUGGAAGAUUAAAGGGAAGCAGUCACGUAAGCGUGCAAAGCAUAGGAGGCAUCGACGGAUGUGAUCCUUACCAUUUCUUACCCUCUGGGUCUUGUCAUUCUAGCUAGAUUAUUUUUCCCAAGCUGGAAGCGCAUCCAUGUCCAUAAAAGUAUCAGCUUUGUUAAAAUUGACAACUUACACAAUGAUGGCAAUGACUUUAUCUGCUCCCAUGGGAUCUAUUUAUUCAUAAAAUAAUUUUUUGGGUA